GUGUAAUACAUUAAACGUGGUGCAUGUUUGAGGUCAAACGUUCGAGUGUUGGAAGGUUGUGUACUACGCGAUGGAAAAGGCAGGAUUGGCGCCGCGGCAGUCGUCAUUCCUGUCCCGCGCCUUCUUCAGGAAGUCCUUGGCUCAGCUGCAAGAUGAGAUCCAUCGGGACGUGCAUGUUCGAUCGCUGUCGCUGUUCGACUUGCUCAUGAUUGGGAUCGGUGGAACCGUGGGCAGCGGGGUGUUUGCCACCGCAGGCUUGAUCGCUCGAUGUUACGCCGGUCCAGCAGCAGUGCUGAGCUGGAUUUUCGCGGGCCUGGGGUGUGUCCUCACAGGGUGCGCCUUCAUGGAGCUGUCUGGUUUGAUUCCUACGCACGGAAGUACGUACGCGUAUGCGUACCACGCCCUCGGCGAGUACCCCGCGGUGAUUGCCGGGUUUCUCUUAACCCUCGAAUACGGUAUCGCAUGUGCUGGGAAUGCCCGCGCAUGGAGCGCCAAGUUUGUCGUGUGGAUGAAGCUCAUGUUCGACGUCGACGGCCCAACGUGGAUGAAGCCUCCGGGCACGUCCAUCGAUCUCUACGCGUGCUUUCUCAUGACCGCGUGCGUCCUCGUGGUGUUGGGCGGCAUGGCCAUCGGCAAGCGACUCAUCAACGCCAUCACAGUUACCAAGAUUGCAGUCGUGCUGUUCAUCAUCAUCGCAGGACUCACGCAAUUCCACGUCGAGUACAUGGAUCCGUUCUUGCCGCCGUCCACGGUCAACGCCGCCACCGGCCAAGUCGUGUUUGGGUGGCCAGGGGUCAUGGUCGGGGCGAGCGCAAGCUUUUACGGGUACAUUGGUUACGACGAAGUGUGCUGCCUGGCGGGAGAAGCAAUGAACCCCCGCAAGAACAUUCCUCGCGCGGUGCUGGGCACAGUCGUCGGCGCCGCCCUCCUUUCAGUGCUCGCGACGCUGUCGGUGGUCGGCAUGCAGCGGUAUGACCUUAUCGACGUCCAGGAAUCGUAUGGUGAGGCAUUCAAAUCGGUCGGGUACUACUGGGCCAGCCCCAUCGUUGAGACGGGCGAAGUGCUGACGAUGCCCGUGGGUAUUUUGAUCGGGUUUCUCGCGCAGCCCCGAGUUCAGUGUGCGAUGGCCAAGGAUGGGCUGUUGCCGCCGCUGUUUGGCCGCCUGGACGCGUCGGGCAACCCCCGAGUGGGGACGUUCGUGGCGGGGGUGGUGCUCAUUACGUUUGCGACGUUUGUUGAGUUCCAAGUGCUGUGGAACUUCAUCUCGCUAGGCAUUUUGCUCGCGUUCAACAUGACCAACCUGUCGCUCCUUGUCGUGCGGUAUGGCCAAGGUAGUCCGCAGCUUCGCGUGGGAAAAUGGCGGCUGCAGCUCCCAUUUGUGCUGACACUGUUUGGUCUCACGUCGUUCCUCAGUGCAUUACAUUGGCAGCAUGGCGCUAUCGCUCCGAUCGUUGCCACAAGUACGUGAUAAUGGUCAAUGAACGCUAGAGAUCAUCAUAUGAACAUGGUUAGGUCGAGGCGCCGAAGCAUAUGCAAACUACAUGACGUCGGCGGGAGUCUUUGUGGCUGCUGCGUGCUCGGUGCUGAUGAUGGCAGUGACGGCGAUCCUGGUGGUCAACCACCCGACCCACUUUGAGGAUGAAGACCUAGGCGACGAAGGCAAGGGCUUGUUCCGUUGCCCGGCCGUGCCGUAUGUGCCCUGCAUUGCGAUCUACUUCAACUGGCUGCUCGUCGUACAAAUGCCAGGCUAUACUGUUCUGAUGAUGGCCGGAUGGGUUCUGCUCGCAUCCAUCAUGUACCUCGUCUACGGAACGCGGCAUGGCCUUGCCGCUACUGGUGCAUUGUAACGUUGGAAUCCCAUGCGUACUUAAGCGGAUACGAUACGUUUUAUAGAUAAACGCGAUUAUGUUUUUU